AUGACAGACUCAAUUAUAUCACUCGACAAGCCAGAAGAACAGUUCAUCGAGAAGGUGGACACUCUGAACUCCCCAACUGUCGUUGAGGACAACGCAUCGUCAUCAUCUGAGGAAAGUGAAGAUUUCUCAGACGUCGAUGAGGCAAAGGUACUGCGCAAGAUUGACCUUCGGCUAUUACCCUUGGUUUCACUGCUGUACUUGUUAUCCAACCUGGAUAGAAGUAACAUCGGCAAUGCCAAAAUUGAAGGUUUGGAGGCAAGCCUUGGCCUCUCAACUUCUCAAUUCAACUGGUGUUUGACAAUUUUCUUCUUAACGUAUUCAGCCUUUGAGAUUCCUUCGAACUACAUCCUCAAACUCAUCGGAAGACAAUCAAUCUUCAUCCCAACUAUAAUGGUUCUCUGGGGUGUAGUUAUGACAUGUAUGGGGUUUGUUCAAGGAUUUGCCAGCUUAUUCAGCUUGAGAUUACUGCUGGGGAUCUUUGAGGCUGGACUCUAUCCUGGUGUUACCUAUGGAUUAACGAUGUACUACGCCAAAAGAGAGAUGCAAUCUCGUCAGGCCAUUUUCUACUGCGCAUCUUCAGUGGCUGGUGCCUUUUCUGGGAUCCUCGCCUUUGCCAUUGCAAAGAUGGACGGUGUUGGAGGAUAUGAAGGGUGGAGAUGGAUCUUUAUCCUCGAAGGCAUAGUGACAGUUCUUGUUGCGAUCAGUGCAUUUUGGCUGCUACCUGACUACCCAGACACUGCCAAGUUCCUCACACCGAGAGAGCGUGAGUUCGUCGUCUGGAGACUGAAGACGGAUGGUAACUACAAGGAUAUGGAUGCAAAGAUCCAUGCCUUUAGCGAAUCAUCCAGGGCCAAGCCUGACUUCACCAAAUUCACGGAACAAGAUGACAUCUCAAUGAAACAGUCGCUCAUCGCAGUGAUCAGAGACCCUGCGAUCUAUUUCCACAUAUUGGUAUACUGGGGCAUCAUCUGUCCAACAUAUGCUAUCUCGUUAUUCGGACCUUCUGUCAUUUACGCACUAGGUUACACCGCAGGGAAAGCACAGCUGAUGACAGUACCUGUGUAUGUGUUGGCAGCGACGUGUGCAGUGAUCCAAGCCUUUGUUGUUGAUCGUGUUGGCGUCAGAUCCUUCUUCGUGCUCGGUGACCUGGUCUUCGUCCUGGCCGGCUUCUCCAUGGCUCUUGCUGGACAAUUGAGCGGGACCCCAGGCCUGAUCUAUGCCUCUCUGUAUGUCUCUGCAGUUGGCCUCGUAUCGUUAUUCCCAGGCAUAAUCUCGUGGGUCGCAAUCAACUUCGCCAACCCACGGAAAAGAGCCAUUGCAAUGGCCUGCCAGAUUGGAAUCGGCAACUUCGGUGGAGCUGCUGCUGCCAACUUCUACAGGCCUGGCAAGUAUCAAGUCGGCCAUGCUCUCUGCCUCGGGUUUGCCUGUUUGGCUGUCAUCAACGUCAUAAUGCUCCAAAUUGGCUACACAAGAAGCAACAGAAGAGCGGAAAAAGAGCUGAGAAUGGGUAAAUACGAUGACAAGACCGAUCUCCAGCUGUUUAGAAUGGGUAACAGGUCCCCAUUCUUUAAAUAUGGGCUCUAA